CAAGCCGUGAAGCAGCGUAUGUAGCGUAUUUUCGGCAGCCCAAGGGGGUUUAAACCCCCCUAAAUGUGUUUUUAUAUAAUGUUUUGCUUUGAAUUAUGUGACUUGACAUAAAGUAAAAUCUGAGUUUUCAUGUGUGAAGAAAUAGUAUUUUUUUCAAUCACUGUUAUGGAAUUGGGAAAAAACCAUGAUUUUAUUUUUUUUAUUUUAUUUUAUUUUUUUUUUUGGGGGGGCGCCCCCAAGCCCCCUGACUGAGUAAGUUUGUCUUUUCUUGUCGGCAUUGCCGCUUACCAAUUUACAAUGUUAGAUGCCGGUUCGGAAAUGAUAUAAAUUUACUUCGAAAUUGAUAGGCCUAUAUAACAAUUAGGACCCACUAUAUGUUUCGUAUUUCUCUUCUACCCAACACUUAAGGAAUAUGAAUUGAAAAAACUUUCAACUACUUUUCAGUAGGUUCUCACAAAAUUAUAAAUCGGAGCAAUUAAAUGCUAUUAUGAGCCCCGGCCGGAAUAUGAGCGUCGAUACUUACGUAAUACCCAGUAUUCAUCAGGGAAAGGGGUGGUGCCCCGAUCAUCCCCUGAUGAAUGGAUCGGGAUCGACGCCCAUAAUUGAAUUGAAAUAAUUGAACAUUUUUUAUAAAAAAUGUAUACUGUGAAAAACAAACAAACAAACGAUUUCAUGAGAUUGAAAACCUCCAAAAUUCACGAUCGUUCUAACGCAUGAUUCAAGCUUGUGAAUUGCCUCAUUAACAGUGGUCAGGUUUGAACGGAAACAUUCAGUAGAUAUAUCUUUGUAACAAUGUCGUUGGAGAAUAUUUAUCCUGGAAUAAUUAUACACCAUUGUCAUUCACAUUCAUCAUAAAUCAAGGACCGCGAAAUGGGUUUUCAAAGUGGGGGCUGACCACAUUUGUCUUUAGCCAAACAAGAUUAGUGUGUGUGUGUGUGUGUGUGUGUGUGUGUGCAUGGGGGAGGGGGGGGGCGGGGGCUGCAACCCUCAGUCCCCCCCCCCCCACCCCGUUCCGCGAUACCCCGCGGUCCCUGUAAAUCAAUUAUCGUUUAUACUCACAAUAAAAGGAUGAUAAUUAUCCCGGGAAAUUUAUAUAGGCUAAUUAAUCUUUACAUGCAAUAUGGACAUUGAACAGUAAAAUCAUGCGAUGUAAUAUGUACGCGAUUGUUUGACAAUCGUGAUCACCUGAAGGACGCAUGCGCGUAUCUCGAAAAAUCACGUGACGCGCGUGCACCUUUUUUAUUGGAUCGUAGAAAGGCGCGCGCGAUCGUCUAUUUUUCAUUCAAGAUCUCAGCCUCACUAUGCCGCCACCAGCUUCAGACGAGUUUUUCUGUCUUUUUGAAUUUGAAAGCGAUGACAGCGUCGAAAUUGGACCAUUUUCUUGGAUAUUAGACACGGACAAGGAUGUGGAUCCUGAAAGCUAUGUCGAUCAAGCUGUUGAAGUUAUGUGGGUCAGUGGCAGCAAAACGGAGAAGUAUCGAGCAACAGUGUUGGCUGUAAAUAGAUCCAAGGAUAAUCUCAUCAGAAAAAGGAACAAGAUGUGUGACGGGCAAUCAAUGGAGACUGAUAAGGAAACUGGGAGAGGGAAGAGAAAGAAGAAACCAACACGCACAUACAUGUAUUCAUCUUCGGAGUUGGAGACGGAUGAUGAGGAGCCUCAACCAAAAGAAACAAAGAAAUCAAAAUCAAAAAUUUCACAGUGCAAUGAGAUGGCCAGGGAUCUCAGGAAGCAAAUGUUUGGUGCCAAUGAAACGAAAAAAUCAAAUGGACGUACGGCAACGGGAAGUGGAACAAGUGGUGAGAUAAUUGACCUGAAAAAGCAGUUGGAGAAAUCAAGGAGAGAGACUGAGGAUCUGCAGGUGAAGCUGACUAAGGAGAAGGCAGUUAGGGAAAAGAUACAGCAACAGCUGUUGUUUUUGCAAGGAGUGCCUAAAUUCAUCGAAACCUUUAAAGGGUUCAUAGUGGAUAUGGAGGAGAUGUCGAGACUCAAGGCUGAUCAUGAAGAGAUGCACUGUCCAUCAGGAGGGUCAUCUACAUCAUCCUCGCCCGCUCGUUCCUCGCCCGCUCGUUCCUCCACCCAGUCCUCCACCCAACCCUCGCCAUCAUCAGCACGACCACAGUCCCAACAGAUUGCCCUUGGAUCGAAGGUCUCUCUUAGUCGAAACGUCCUCGACAGGUGCAACGCUGGUGAUUUUCGCAAGUACACCUGCGAUUUGAUGCUGGCGGUGUUCGGCAGGCCUACCCUACUGACCUCGUCACUGACUGGUGCGAAGAAUGUGGCAGGUCGCGCAAAGCCACCUCUGGACAGUGACAAGCUUCAGGGGAUAAUUAGUCAUGUCAAGUCAAAGUUCCCAGGAGUGUCAUCAUCGGAAAUCCGCAUCGUUAUGCGGAACAAAGUUGGCAACGAAAUUAAGUUGGCCAAACGUAGAUCUCAACCGAAAGAGAACCAAGCCAAAGAAAACCAAGCCAAAGAAUUAAACCAAGAACCACAAGAUGAGACCGAAUGAAGCACUUUGUCAAGAUGACUAAUUAAUUAAUAAUGAGCUAAGUCUUGUUACUUACUAAUUAUCCCCUGUUCACUGUCCAGAGGAGGCAAAUUUGCGCGACCUGCCACAUUCUUCGCACCAUUCAGUGACGAGGUCAGUAACAUGGGCCUGCCGAACACUGCCAGCAUCAGAGGACUUAACAAGCACAUGCAUAUUCUGUUCCAAAUAUAAUUUAGUAUGAUCAUCAUGAUGCGACCUAUCCGAGUAUGCCAUGUUUGGUACGUUUCUGGCACUUCUGAAUCGCCCGUCGCUCCUGUGUAUUUUUUUGGUUGAUUGGAAUAUGUUUUAGACCACAGGCAUUGCUAUAAUGCUUGCUACAGACCAACAUUAAAAAAAAUAAUAAUAAUGUUUUAAUAGGGGCCAGAAUUAUCCUUAUCUGAUAUAUUAAAGGUGCUCCUGCAUCGUUUAUCAUACACACAGUGCCAUCUUGCGCACAAACUAGCCUAGUUCAAAAUGGCGAUCUGUAGCGUAGCAUCCCAACGCUUGAUGAUCUUUAACAUUUCACCUGUUUCUAAAGCUAUUUUGAUAAAAAGCUCUUCAUGGGCCAUCACAUCAAUUCUAGGCAUGUAUUGUGUUUUCCGUCCAGCUGGUACUAAUAUAUUAAAUUUUAUGUUUUGGCAUGUGGAUAUCAAAUGACAGUGCGCACGCAUCAAUCAGUGUUCUUUGUUGGCACCCUUCUAAACAAAUAAGUGUCAAGAACUUUCUUGUUGAGUAAAUUUUGAUCUGAUAAGGAAACAAUUUGAGAUUUUUUUGUGCAAAAAAUGGCAUUUAUAUAUGAUCUACGGAUAAAAGCCCAAAUUCACCUUGAAGAAUGGAAUCAAAUCAGACUAACAAGAAACUACGUCUCUUGGAAGACAUCAAAAUUUAUAUGGGGAACCUAAAUUGCCUCAAACAUGCAUUAAAAUUUGAGACAUUUGGUAUUGUUAAUCUGGUCUUUAAACAAAAGCGAAUGGAAUUAAAAUUGCUUUUGUUAUGAUUUUGAAUGACGGGAAUAUACCAAAUUAUUUCAUGUUCCUGAUUGUUCCGUACUCUAUUUGCCAAAGAUAUUGCUGAAAUGUAUUCAUUGUGUGCUGAAAAAUAACUUUGAUAAUGUGUAUGCGUUUGACGCCAUUUAUUUAAGUGGCAAAUUUC